CAACUUAGGGGCAAAACCGACUCGACUCAAGCAUUCCUUAGUGCAUGGGCAGGCGCUUGUGGCUCUUUUGACUCCGCCAUCAUCUAUGUGCCGCCGGGGCGGUAUUUACUUAAUCAAGCCCGUUUCAAUGGGAAUUGUAAGAACACAAAUAUCACAAUAAGGAUUGAUGGGACCCUUGUUGCCCCAACAGAUUAUCGUGUUAUCGGCAAUGCCGGAACUUGGCUUUUGUUUGAUAAAGUUAUCGGUGUUUCCAUCUACGGUGGAUCACUUGAUGGGCAAGGAUCAGAUUUGUGGGCUUGCAAGGCUGCUGGAAAUACUUGCCCCACCGGAGCUACGAAUCUAGGAUUUACAAACUUGAAAUACAUCGUAAUCAACGGAUUAACAUCGCUAAAUAGCCAAAUCUUCCACAUUGUUAUCGACGGCUGCAAUAAUGUUAACAUUCAAGGGGUGACAGUUGCAGCUGCAGGGAAUAGUCCCAACACUGAUGGCAUUCAUGUACAAAUGUCAACCGGUGUUACGAUCAUUGGCGCUAGCAUUAAGACCGGCGACGAUUGCAUCUCGAUCGGUCCGGGCACCUCUACCUUGUGGAUCGAGCGCAUAUCUUGUGGGCCUGGACAUGGCAUCAGCAUAGGAAGCCUUGGGAAGACUCUUCAAGAACCAGGGGUGCUAAACAUGACAGUUAAAAACGUUACAUUCACAGGUAGUGAGAAUGGGUUUAGAAAAAAAUCAUGGGGAAGGCCCAGCAAUGGAUUCGCAAGGGGUAUUCUUUUCCAAGAUGCAAUCAUGCAAAAUGUCGACAACCCCAUAGUAAUUGACCAAAAUUACUGCUUACAUGAGGAAGAUUGCCCCGGAAAGGUACAAUACUACAAGGGUCAUUUUGGAAAGGUAGUUUGUUAUCCUUGUUCUUAUUGUGGCGGGAUUAUUUUGGAAGAUGUACAACUUACUUAUCAGAAUCAACAAGCAGAAUCAUCUUGUGUCAAUGCAGGAGGAAUAGCUUAUGGUGUAGUUGAACCAUCUAACUGUUUGUAG